AUGGCGCCUGAAGUUAUCUGCUUGCUGUCAAGUCCUUCCGAGCCAUCUCCGGCAAACGCAAAGUUUCCUGCUCAGAACCGUCAGGCACAACCACAUGACUUACAGUCUGACGACGAUGAGUUCCCCGACAUAUCUGGAAUUGUUUCCGGGACAAGGACGUCUAGAGCUCGUGCAACCAUAUCCAAGGGGCUUCUAAAGAGGACAAAUAACACAGGCAGUAAUGGCAACAAUGGCAGCAAUCAGCUCCGCCAGGACGACAAUGAUUUUCUAUUUCUUUCUGACGAUUUUGAUACAACCGGGGAUCUCAGCUAUCAUGCGACUCGCAACACCCAAGCUUCACCUGGCGCCACCAGGAACAAAGCGCUCAAUGCCCGCUCAAUGAUGCGUACAUCUUCUGCGACUGUGGGAACAAAGUCAAACUGCCCGCUACAGCCCGCUGGACUGAAACGAUGGAAAUCGGUUGCAGACCCUAUUCAACACACAAGUUCACCUCAACGUCCAAUGGCUAUCGACCUGGAGGAUGAUCCAUUCGCCAGUAGUUCACCAGCAAGCAAGACCUCAAAGGGCAAGCAGCCUGACCGAGCUACACCCCUGAGCAAUACCUCUACCGCCGGCAACAAAUUGCCUACAAUGUCUUCGAAGGUCUACGAUCUGACCAGUGAUUUUUCGGACUUGUCGCCUGUUCAAGCUCGACCCAGUAUGCCCAAGAAGAAGAGUGACUGGGAUCCCAUCUCAAGUUCUAUGCCAGAAAUGAGCACAGCGCGUAAUGAAGAUAGCCUUUUACCCAGUUCGCCUCCAAGGCCUCCGAAGAGGAAGGUGGAUGUUAUAGAUUUGAACAAUUCGGACCGUCCUGACUCCGAAGACGAAUUUCCAGAGCUCAGCAAAGUAAAGGCAGAUACUGCGAUAAUCUCCCGUCGCGCGUCGCCCCGUUCAUUGAAGCGAUCGAAAACAGCACCAGCAAACACAGCUGCGAAGAAACCACCCCCGAAGACACAAGAAGAAAAGGAGCUUGAGAAAAAGCGCAAAGCCGGGGAACGAGAGGCCGAGAACGAGCGAAAACGCAUUGACAAAGAGCGUGCAAAGCGAGAAAAGGCAAUAGAGAAAGACAAGGCUAAAGCACUUGCAGAAGUCAACAAGGUCCGAGUUAACAAAUCGGUAGCCCAGGUUGAGAUGAUCGUAGAUUUGCCGAAGUCUCUAUCCACCGGUCUCAAUGCACAAGUCACGACGCUGCUGAAUGAGCACAGCAUUGACCACAAAACCUGGGACAGUCCCGUUGAGCAUGUUGUUCGAUGGCGCAGGAAGGUGGACAAGAAGUUCAACGAGGAGAAGGACUACUUUGAGCCCAUGCCUCUGCACCUAGAACAGGAAAAGCACGUGCUGGUCGCCAUACCUGCUGCCGAAUUUGUUAAGCUCGCAACCGGCAGUGAGGGUGUUGACGUUGAUGCGCAUGUGCUCAAGAUGAAAGUUGCUUUCCCCGAAAGCAGCAUAAUCUACCUCGUUGAAGGUCUCGAUCAAUGGUUUCGCAAGAACAGGACGGCCCGCAACAGGCAAUUUCAGAAUGCUGCACGACACGAUGCAAACUCGUCAGGGGCUCAGACACGCCGAAUAGCUAAAGCGUAUGAAAUUGUUGACGAGGAUGUAGUAGAGGACGCCUUGCUGUCUCUGCAAGUGGAUCAUGGAGUGUUGAUCCACAAGACAAAUGCGCCAGUUGAGACGGCGCAGUGGAUCGCUAUCUUCACUCAACACAUUUCCACCAUUCCCUACCGCAAGCUGCGCGACGAUAUAUCGACGGAUGCUGGCUUCAGUGUGGAGUCGGGCCAGGUCAAGACCGGCGAAUCUAUGAAAGAGACCUACGUUUUAAUGCUCCAGGAAGUUGCCCGUGUCACUGCACCCAUGGCUUAUGGCAUUGUGGCCGAGUAUCCAACAGUCACUGAGCUCGUCAGAGGUUUAGAACAAAAAGGUUCCUUGGCGCUUGAGGAUUUGAGGAAGAGUGCAAACAAGGAUGGCCGGCUCACAGAUCAGAGAAUUGGCCAAGCUAUCAGCAAGCGCUUGUACAAGAUUUUCACUUCUGAAGAUCCGACGAGUACAGACAUUUGA